AUGAGCCCAAAGGUCAUGAAUAACCAGUCAUUGGUGAUGGAAUUUAUCCUGCAGGGAUUCUCAGAAACACCCCAACUUCAGUUUCUCUCCUUUAUUUUCUUCCUCAUACUCUAUUCCAUGGCCCUCUGUGGAAAUUUCCUCAUCGUGAUGGUCAUCACCUUCAGCUCCAGGCUUCAUACUCCCAUGUACUUCUUUCUGGUCAACUUGUCUGUGUUGGAUGUUGUCUGUGCAUGUACUGUGGUUCCCAAGCUAUUGGGGAUCUUGGUGGCAGAGAAGAGAACCAUCUCAUAUGAAGGCUGCAUGACCCAGAUGUUCUUUCUGACAUGGUCUGUUGCAGCAGAGUUGCUGCUCUUUACAGCCAUGGCCUAUGAUCGCUACGUGGCCAUCUGCCAGCCCCUGCACUACAGCUCCAUGAUGAGUCCUCGGGUGUGUGCAGUUCUGGCUGGAGCUGUGUGGAGCAUCAGUGUGCUUGGGGCUGGGAUCAACACUUGUCUGAUAUUGCGGCUAACUUUCUGUGGGCCCAACGUGAUAGACCACUUCUUCUGUGAGAUCCCCCCAAUUCUACUAAUCUCCUGCUCCUCCACAUAUGUGAAUGACAUCAUGACUAUUGUGGCAGACAUUUUCUUUGCUGAUUUUAAUUUCUUGCUCACCAUGGUGUCCUACAGCUUCAUCAUCUCCACUAUCCUGAAGAUUCGUACAGCUGAGGGGAAGCGCCGUGCCUUUUCCACCUGCUCCUCUCACCUCACUGUGGUUACCAUGUACUACUCCACUGUCAUUUAUGCUUACCUAAGUCCAAGCUCCAGUUAUUCCCCAGAAGUGGGCAAGAUCCUGGCAGUGAUUUACUCCACAGUGAGUCCCACCUUGAACCCUCUCAUUUAUUCCCUCAGGAACAAGGAUGUCAAGGCAGCCCUCAAGAAAGUUUUGAUGAUUAUGUUAGAAAAACUGAAUUGUUAG